UCUUGUCGCGUUGGGUAAUCCAAAGCAGGAAGGAAAGGCUCCAAGCCUCCAAGCGGUCGGAGCUUCGGAGGCGUCGGUGCCCGAAAUCAGUGGAUGCCAACAGGAAGCCUUCCCUUCUCCCCCCAGCCCUUGCCCGGAGCGCGGCCGGCCAGAUCCGCGGCAGGGGGCGGCCACCGAGGGCACCGGAGGAUUGGGGAGAAAAAAAUAGCAGGAAGAGGCCACAAACAUCAGCUGCUGUUUGCUCGGUAACUGACAAUAGUAAUCUUUGUGCUGUGCGCCUGUGCCUCCUUCGUUCCACACGCGUCAUUUCAUUUCAGACCCCAACUCAAGAAGAAACAGAAAUAGUGGAAGAAAUGAUAAAAGGAGAGGAAGAAGCAGAGAAAUGGAGUGCAACUUCUGUGCUAUGCCUCCUUGGUUGAUCGCUUCAUCUCCAAGUCCCUGAGCACUGAGCAGUGACACGGCUUCUUGAGUGGAGGCUAACAGAGGAAAGGCCAUGGAAGCCGCGGUGGUGAGCGUGUCACACGGAGCCAUAGGCUCCCUUCUUGGGAAGCUCGGCGAUUUGCUCGCCGGCGAAUACAAGCUGCUCAAAGAAGCAAAGGGCGAGAUCAUGUUCCUUAAAGCCGAGCUCGAGAGCAUGCGUGUGUUCCUAGAGAGGACGUCGGACGCGGAGGAGGAGGAGGCUGACAAACAAGAAAAGUGCUGGGCUGAGGAGGUUCGUGACCUGUCUUACGACAUCGAGGACAAUGCCGACGACUUCAUGCUCCGGGUGGAAUGCGAGUCAAAUAGCAAGCCACAUGGCUUCAAGGGGUUCAUUGAAAGGAGCAGGUUCAUUGAAAGGAGCAUGAACUUGCUGACGACAAUCAACACUCGGCAUAAGAUCGGCAAGGAGUUUCAAGGUCUGAAGAGACGUAUCAUGGAGGUGAGCGAGAGGCGCAUGAGAUACAAGCUUGACAGCACUGCCUCAAAGCCAAACAGCACGGCCAUAGAUAUACGCCUGUUGGCGCUCUAUGUGGACGCAGCGGGCCUCGUCGGUAUCAAUGAACCGAGGGACGAACUGAUUAAGGUGAUGCUGGACCAAGAUGGUGUUUGUGCACAGCAGCUGAAGGUGCUCUCUGUUGUGGGAUUUGGAGGCCUUGGUAAGACCACACUUGCAAAUGAGAUUUAUUGCAAACUAGAGGGGCAGUUUCAGUGCCAGGCUUUUGUUUCUGUGUCCCAAAAACCUAAUAUAAGGAAGAUUCUUAGAAACAUACUCUCUCAAGCUGGCUAUGUGGUCCUGGAUCAAACUAAUAUGGAAUCAUGGGAUGAGGAUCAGCUGAUCAGGACACUUCGAAGAUUUCUUGCAGACAAGAGGUACUUUAUUGUAAUCGACGACAUAUGGGAUGCAACCACGUGGAGUAUUGUUAGAUGUGCUCUGCCAGAAAACAGCAAUGGCAGCAGAGUAAUAACAACUACACGAAUCGAGACCGUGGCUACAGCGUGCUGCUCCAAUAGCUAUGAUUAUCUUUAUAAGAUGAAAUUACUUAGCAAUGAAGAGUCAAGAAAGUUAUUUCUCAGAAGAGUUUUUGGUUCAGAGGAUGGUUGUCCUACGUAUUUGGAAGACGUUUGGGCUGAAAUUCUAAAAAGAUGUGGUGGCUUGCCACUCGCAAUUAUCAGUAUAUCCAGCCUAUUAGCUAGUCAACCAAAGAUGCUGAAGGGGCAAUGGGAGGAUAUAUUGAAUUCUUUGAGCUCCAACUUUGAAGUGCAUCCCACCUUGGAAGGAACGAGAAAAAUACUAAACCUAUCCUACACAAAUCUUCCUCAUUAUUUGAAGACAUGUAUGCUGUAUUUGGGUAUAUAUCCAGAGGGUUAUACAAUCAACAAGAAUGAUUUGGUCAGGCAAUGGUUAGCCCAGGGUUUUAUAAGUAUAUCACACGUGCGGGAACCAGAGGCUGUUGCAGAGGGCUAUUUCAAUGAACUUGUCAACAGGAGCAUUGUUCAACCGGUAGAUACAGAUCAUAAUGAUGAGGUGUUGUAUUGCAAAGUGCAUGAUAUGAUGCUUGAUCUUAUUAUGCACAAGUGCAGAGAAGAGAAUUUUAUCACUGCAGUAGAAGACUUACAAGCCUUGAUUGGACUGCAAGGCAAUGUUCGCCGACUCUCCCUCUACUUGGAUGAUGUAAUAGAUGGCGCUACAUUGGGAACUGCCAGGCUCUCACAAGUAAGAGCGCUAGCAAGAUUUGGCAUCUCCACAUACACACCUCCUCUAUCAGAGUUCAAGCAUCUCCGAGUUUUAACUCUUGAAUUUCCAACUAAGCGUGUGACACUUGACCUCACAGGAAUGUGUCAUUUGUUCCAGUUGAGGUAUCUAAAAGUUGUAGCAGCUUAUGGUGAAAUAGUGCUACCAAGGAAAAUUCGGAGACUGGAGCAAUUAGAGACGCUGGAAUUAAGAACUUACGAAUAUAGCAUGGUUCAAGUUCCGUCAGAUAUUGUUCAUCUGCGCCGGUUAUUGCACCUGAUCGUUCCUAUUGGGAUAAGUUUGCCCUCUAGGAUCGGCAGCAUGAAAUCCCUACGGACACUGCGAGGCUUCGACUUGGGCAUGAACUCGGUAGAAAACAUCAGAGACCUCAGAGAUCUGACCAAUCUGAAGGAUCUUGAAAUAUGCCGUGUCUACCGGAAGCAGUUGGAUGAAGCAGAAGCAACAAAACUUAUAAAUAUUCUGAGAUUCUCCCUAGAAAAACUUUGCAACCUCAGAUACCUGUGUAUGGAAUCUUAUCUCCCCAGCGCAUGCUCGGAUGCAUUGGGUUCACUAUCCGCUUCUCCCCGCCUUCUUCGCAGGCUCCAUUUACGGGGUUGCAUGUUAUCGAGGGUUCCCAAGUGGAUUCAGGAGCUCCAUAACCUCUAUGACCUUGCACUAGGGGUUAAGGAGGUGUUGGAUGAUGAUGUUGGAAUCAUUGCACAGUUGCACUCCCUCAUCCACCUGAACGUGUACAUCUUUGGAACUCCUAAAGAGAGGGUCACCAUCUGCGGAACAGGAUUCCUUGCUCUCAAGCAUUUCGAAGUCACCUGCCGUUGGACAUCAUACCUGACGUUUGCGGCAGGGGCAAUGCCCAGGCUCCAGAGGCUCGAGGUCGCAUUCAACGCGCGCGGAUGGGAGCAGCACGGUGCUGCUUUUGGCGGCGUCGAGCACUUGUCAGGCCUCAAGGAAGUCUCGGUGCGCAUUGGGGGAUAUGGCGCCGAGGAAUCAAGUGCAAGAGAUGCGCAGUCCGUGCUUAGGGAUGCCAUUGGCAUGCACCCGAGUUGUCCUGCAGCUAACAUCAAGUGUCUUGAAAACAUGAAUUUCACUUUUGAUGACUAGAAAAAAGAGGAGGUUGUG